AUGGCUCUCAGCCUCAUGCAGGAGUAUUUUCAGAUCCCUGUGGUGACCCGGACAUACACGACUGCCUGCGUCCUCACCACCGCUGCUGUGCAAUUUCAAGUCAUCACCCCAUUUCAGCUGUACUUCAACCCAGAGCUCAUCAUCUGCAGAUACCAGAUAUGGCGUCUGAUCACCAGCUUCCUCUUCUUUGGUUCUCUUGGAUUCGGUUUUUUGUUCAACAUCAUCUUUCUGUAUCGGUACUGCCGCAUGCUGGAGGAGGACUGCUUCCGAGGAAGAACCGCAGAUUUCAUUUUAAUGUUCCUGUUCGGAGGAAUCCUCAUAACUCUCCUAGGUCUGUUUGCCAACAUCUUCUUCCUCGGCCAGGCCUUCAUCGUCAUGCUGGUGUACAUCUGGAGUAAAAGAAACCCGUUCAUACGCUUGAACUUCUUUGGCUUCCUCAACUUCCAGGCUCCGUUUCUCCCUUGGGUGCUGCUGGGAUGUUCGCUGCUGCUCGGAAACCCCAUCGCUGUCGACCUCCUGGGUAUCAGCGUUGGACACAUGUAUUACUUCCUAGAGGACGUGUUUCCAAACUGGCCGGGAGGAAGAAAGCUACUGACGACACCAGAGCUGCUACGAACCAUGUUUGAUGGACCUGAUGGCCGCCUCUUCCAGGAGGAGCAGCAGGAAAGACGAGAUCCGCAGCAGGUUGAGGAGCAACACAGCUAAGAUCUUCAGACCUGCUAAAUCAGAAGUAAUUAGCAGUCAGAAGGUUGAUGAGACAACCUAAAAGAGCAUCAAACGAUCAGUUUGAGAAGCUCCAUGCAGAGAAGAUCUAAAACGUUUAGACCAACGUCUCGGUUAUAAAAUAUGGACAAGGUUACCAAAUAUUCUCAUGCUAAAGGUCCAAACGUUUAUGUUUCAGACACGUGUACAUUACCAUGUAAUAGUAUUCACACCAUGUACUUUUUUUAUUACUUCUUUCUCAUUACAUCAACAAACGUUAAUGUAUUUUAUGUGAAGACAAAGUGGAGCAAGACUGUGGAAGUGGAAGAAAAACAGCAUCAUGGAGACCAAGGAACCCAGCAGACAGGUCAGGGAGAACGUUCUGGGGAAGUUUGAAGCAGGGUUAGGUUCUCCCAGCUGUGAAGAUCUCACAGGGUUCUGUUCAAUCCAUCAUCUGAACAUGGAGAGAGGAUGGACCAACUGCUGACCUACCAAGACAUGAACGUCCACCUAAACUGAGAGGCUGGGCAAGGAGAGCAGCCAAGAGGUCAGAGCCACAACGGGAUGUUUUAGAUAGAGUCAUAUCAAUGUGUUAGAAUGGUCUAGUCAAAGUCCAGACCUAAAUCCACAUGAGAAUCUGUGAAAUAACUUGAAAACUGACGUUCAUAGACGCUCUCCAGGUGUAAAGAUAAAGAGAAAAUGGUUUUCCUGUUUGCUGCAGCAAAUGUACAGAUUUAAUAUUUAACAUACAAAAACAGCUCAUGGUUAGGAAAGGAUGCGUCUGGGCUCCACAAGUUACUGCAGGAACAGAACCUCUUUCUCUAGGCCAACAGAACCGGGCCUUAACUGUGACUGUGUGUUUAUGACGUAAUAAACACAAAAAUAAACUUUGCGUUGAAAGAUAA